AUGCUACGGUUCUCCCCUUACCAGACAAGAUGUUUUGCCACAUGUGCGGCUCAGCUAAACAAAAUCAGCUAUUCAAAGACUCUACAACUACCUCAAACCAGUUUUAGCCCCAAAAUACCGCGUGGUUCCUCUCGAGAUGAACUUAUUCAGCGUACUGGAGUCGACAUUUAUAAAUGGCAACAACAAUACAAGACUAAUCACAAACCUUUUUUUCUUCACGAUGGUCCUCCCUACGCCAAUGGAAAACUACAUGUUGGUCAUGCAUUGAACAAGAUCUGUAAAGAUAUCAUUAUUCGAUACCAGUUGAUUCAUGAAGAUAAAUUGAUCAAGUAUCAACCAGGUUGGGAUUGUCACGGAUUACCAAUUGAAUUAAAAGUUGAAUACAAUUUGGGAAAACUAGAGUUUAAAGACCCAGUUGAAAUUCGAAAAGCGUGUCGAGAAUACGCCAUGACUAUGAUAAAUAACCAACGUAAAGAAUUUCUUGAAUUAGGUAUAAUGACUGAUUUCAGCAAACCUUAUAUUACAAUGGAUCAUAAAUUUGAAAAUGAUCAAUUACAAGUGUUUAGUAAAUUGGUUGAGAAUGGAUUAUUGAGUCAACAAUUGAAACCAGUUUGGUAUGGGUGUGAUACACAAACUGCUUUGGCGGAAGCUGAAUUGGAAUAUAAUGAUAAACACAAGUCGGUGGCUAUAUAUGUGAAAUUCCCCGUGACUGGUGAUAAGUUGAGAAAUUAUAUUAAAGAUAACCAUCCCGAUUUGUCAUUGAAGAAUGAGAAGAUUAAAUUGUUGAUUUGGACCAGUACUCCAUGGACAAUCCCGGCAAAUAAAACCAUUUGUGUCAGUGAACACUUGUCAUAUACUUUAAUCAUGAAAGGAGAUGAAGUGCUUGUAGUUGCUAAAACUUUAGCUGAAGAUGUGCUUGAAUUGGACCCUGAUUAUACUCAUGUUGAUGUUGAGAUCCCUGGUACUGAAUUAAUUGGUGUACUGUAUGUGAACCCCGCAGCGGAAGAUAAUGUGAAAAGACCAGUUAUACAUGGGGAUCAUGUUGUAGGUACAGCAGGUACAGGUCUUGUGCAUAGUGCUCCAGCUCAUGGACGUGAAGAUUAUUUGGUGGCUAAACAAAAUGGAAUCACUAUUGAUUCAUCCUGUGUCGAUAACAAGGGGAAAUUCAUUGUGAAUGAAUUACCACCAGGUUUCCAACAAUUGGGUUCAUUAAAAGUGAACGAAAUUAGAUCUAACAUGUUGUGCGUUGAUGUUUUGAAACAACAUGAUAUGAUUUACAAUGUCAAUAAGAACUUUGUACAUUCUUAUCCAUACGAUUGGAGAUCACAAACCCCCGUUAUUCAACGUGCUACUCCACAAUGGUUUGUUAAUGUGGACAAAAUUAAGCCAUUUGCAUUGGAAGCAUUGGGUAAAGUCGAAUUCCAUCCUUCUAGUGGAUAUAAUAGAUUAACUUCUUUUAUUGAAAACAGAGAUGAAUGGUGUAUUUCAAGACAAAGAUCUUGGGGCGUUCCUUUACCCAUUGUAUAUGAUGCAAAUACUCACAAGCCGGUGAUGGAUUUAGAGGUGAUCAACCACACCAUUAGCAAAAUUGAUGAAUUUGGUACUGAUGAAUGGUUUGUCAAGGAAGACAAUAUCAGUCGUUGGUUGCCUUCGGAUAUGGAUGGGGGUAAAUACUACAAGGGACAAGAUACAAUGGAUGUUUGGUUUGAUUCCGGUACUUCCUGGAGUACAUUGCGUGAUAAUAUCAAAGAGUGCAAUGAGACGACUGAACCAUUGGCUGAUGUAUAUCUCGAAGGUAGUGAUCAACAUCGUGGCUGGUUUCAAUCCUCUUUACUUAACAAGGUCAUUUAUUCUGGUAACAAAGGUCAAACAUUCCAAUCAGUAGCCCCGUACAAGGCGGUAAUUACUCAUGGGUUCAUCACUGAUGCUCAUGGCCAAAAAAUGUCUAAAACUAAAGGAAAUAUCUUUUCUCCUCAUGAAGCAAUUGAAGGAUGUAAAAAACCAUGGACACCACUUUUGGGAACCGAUGGAUUGAGAUUAUGGGCGGCAUCAUCAAAUUAUCAACAAGAUGUUGGAUUUCAUCCUGAAGUAUUGACAAGAGUUAGUGAAGUGGGUAAGAAGUAUCGAGUUACAUUCAAGUACCUCUUGGGUAACUUGUACGAUUUUGAAAUGCCAGUGGAGUAUCAACUGUUGAGCGACUUGGACAAGUAUAUCUUACACACAUUGCAUCAGUUACAACAAACUUGUGCUGGUUAUUAUAAGUCAUACAAUUUUUCUCGAGUUGUUAGUUCAGUCAAUGCUCAUGUCAAUUCAGUCUUGAGUGCCAUUUAUUUCGACGUUUCGAAAGAUUGCUUAUAUACUGACGAUGCUAACUCAACUAGACGUAGAGCCAUUCAAACUGUAUUGAAUGAAAUUUUGAAGACAUAUGUGGGAAUUUUGGCACCUAUUCAACCAUUGACAGUGCAAGAAGUUUGGGAUGAGUAUGUGAAGAUUAAUAAAGACGUAAGUGACUCACCAUUUAAAGAACCUUCGAAUACGUAUGCAUUGUCUAAUUACUAUGUCAAUCAUGACUUGGAGUUGCAAUUUAGUGCAUUUUUCAAAUUGAGAGAUGAAAUUUAUAAGGAGAUUGAAACUUUGAAACAAAACAAUUUUUUUAAGAAUAAAUUAGAGUUGGAGAUUAAGUUGUCAAACCCACUUGGUAACUCGUCAUUAUUUGAAUUUAUGAAGUUGAAUAAAUCAUAUCUUGAUGAUUUGUUUUUGGUGUCUAAAGCAAAUCUUGUUGAAAGUGAGGAUCUUGAAGUUGAUAAUUUACAAGUUAUGGAUAUAAAUGGUGAGAAAGUUGGUGUUGUUAUAAAGCAUUCAGAUGAUCAUAAAUGUGGACGUUGUUGGAAGUUUACUGCAUCUGAACCAGAAUCAUUAUGUGGUAAAUGUAAUGAUGUUGUAAAUAGACGAGUAGAAUAG